AUGCGCUCAGCGGCGCAUGUCUUCUACCUAACAGUCUUUGCGCUGUUGGGUAGUACGCAUGCUACAAGCCAUGCUGCGCCUUCAAAGGCGCAAAGUCCUCCUCCAAACGUUUGCGACAUAUCGCCUGGAGCCAUAGUAUCAGACGCUUGCGCAAGCUACAGCACCCUCGAGCAGCUAAACGACGCCAUACAGCCUUACCUCCAGUCCAUUACCCAAAACACCGACUUCUUCUCACAUUACCGAUUAAGCCUGUACAGCAAGAAAUGCCCGUUCUGGGACGACGAGAAUGGCAUGUGCGGGAAUGUGGCAUGUGCGGUCAAUACACUAGACAAUGAGGAGGACAUACCGCUGGUUUGGCGCGCAAAGGAGCUGGGUAAACUCGAGGGACCGACCGCACAACAUCCGGGAAAGAAACAGCAAAGGGAAGAGCCCAAGCGGCCGCUACAGGGAGAACUGGGAGAAGAUGUGGAUGAGAGCUGUGUGGUGGAGUACGACGACGAAUGCGACGAGCGCGACUACUGUAUACCAGAUGAUGAGUCGGCGACUGCGAAGGGCGAUUACGUCUCGCUCGUAGACAACCCAGAACGUUUCACCGGAUACGCAGGUGUAGGAGCUCAGCAAGUCUGGGAGGCCAUAUACCGCGAGAACUGCUUUAGCAAGCCCCCGAAGAAUGCACCAGCGGCCGGCGGGUCGUCUCCACCCAACUCGCCUUUUGGCGCCUUUGGGAACCAGCAACAGAUGCAAGCGGCUAACCAGCUCCGGAACGUCAUACAAGAGCAGGGCCAAAAGCAAAAGUUUCAGGCUGCUAUUGCUCAAGGAUCACCGGUAAACAGCCUUGACCCUAUUGAAUUCGACGAUACCUGCCUGGAGAAGCGCGUCUUUCAUCGUGUCAUCUCGGGCAUGCACGCGUCCAUAUCUACGCACUUGUGCUGGGACUACCUCGACCAGAAGACUGGUCAGUGGGGACCCAACCUGACGUGCUAUGAAGAGCGCCUCCAUAACCACCCGGAGCGCAUCUCCAAUAUCUACUUCAACUAUGCUCUCGUUAUGCGUGCCGUCGGUAAGAUCAGGCAGCACAUUUCCGACUACUCCUUCUGUUCCGAGGACCCUGAUCAAGACCUUCGCACCAAGAACUCUGUCCUUCGUCUUGCCUCGGCGCUCCCCUCUGGUCCCGAGAUUUUCGACGAGACAGUCAUGUUCCAGGAUCCUGACACCGUGGCCCUGAAAGAGGACUUCCGCAACCGGUUCAGGAAUGUAAGCCGAAUCAUGGACUGCGUUGGCUGUGACAAGUGCCGUCUUUGGGGUAAGCUCCAGACCAACGGCUACGGAACAGCGCUCAAGGUGCUUUUUGAGUUUGACGAGCAUGACUCCUCCAAGGACCCGCCGCUUCGCCGCACCGAGCUCGUCGCCCUCGUCAACACCAUGAACCGUCUUUCCCACUCUCUCUCCGCGAUCAAAGAGUUCCGCCGUAUGAUUGAUGAGCGAGAAGGCGUGGCCAAGGACGCUGCAUCUGCUGUACCCAAGACCGACUCGGGCGUCUUGAAAACCAAGCUCGCGCUCGAAGAAGCCGAGGACACGAAACCCAUCAACGUGCUUACCGGCGAUGAAGAAAUUCCUUCCUUUCAACGCGAUUGGGAUGCAAGAAACAUGUCGGCGUGGGAUGAAGUCAAGGCAGAAUUUAACCUCGUGAAGCGCACCGUUUACUAUAUAUUGUACCAGUGGACCCAGGUUCCAGGCCGAUUUACAAAGAUCUUCAUCCUUGAGAUGCGCCGUGCGUAUAACUGGUGGAUGGGCUUUGUUCCCGGUCCUAAAUCUUGGGAAAUUCGUAUUCCCACUCGUGAUGAGCUUUGA